CCCUGCACUGACUCUGAACAUGCAGCUCCAGAUCUUGCUCCUGCUCCCCAUGACCUUUUUCCUGUCCCCCGGUGCUCAUACUGGGGAGAUCAUCGGCGGCCGGAAAGCCAAGCCGCAUUCCCGCCCCUACAUGGCCUAUCUCAAGAGAAAAACCUGCACAGGUGAAGAGAUGUGUGGGGGGUUCCUGGUGCGGGAGGAUUUUGUGCUGACAGCCGCCCACUGCGGCGAUGGGGACAUCACCGUGCUCCUUGGAGCCCACAACGUCCUUCGGAAAGAGAAGACACAGCAACGAGUCUCUGUGCGGCAGAAGAUCCCCCAUCCCAGAUACAACAAGAUGAGCAUCGAGAAUGACCUGAUGCUGCUGCAGCUGGCAGAGCCGGCGCAGCUGGACGAUGCCGUAUACACCAUCCCCCUGCCCCAGGCUGGCCGCACUGUGGAUCCGGGGUCCGUGUGCAGUGUGGCAGGAUGGGGCAAGACCAACCGCGACGCUAAGCUAACCACCAACAUCCUCCAAGAGGUGGAGCUGGAGGUGAUGUCAAAUGAGACCUGCCAGGAGGACAGGCAGCUCCGACGCUACUACAAGCCCUCGAAGAUGCUGUGUGUGGGGAACCCUGAUGAGGACAAGGCCACAUUCUCGGGCGACUCCGGAGGCCCCCUGGUGUGUGACGGGACAGCCCAGGGAAUCGUCUCCUUUGGCAAAAAUGACGGGUCCCCUCCGAGGGUGUUCACUAGGGUCUCCCCGUACGUCCCCUGGAUCAAGAAAACAAUGAGGGGUCUCAGCAGCCCAGGGUCCCACGCUGAAAGCCCUGCAUCCCUUCAUUGAAGGGGGCAGAGCUGGGUUUGGGGAGUUUUCUGAGUAGGAAGGAGUCCUCUCAACCCAGAAUGGUGGUGCCAA